AUGACGAUUCAAUUCAUCAAGCUGACAGACUUGACCACCACCGCAGUAAUUCAUCAGCUUGCUUUCUCUGCAGCUCUAAAUUACCAGAGCCCUUUUAAAAGCUCUGUGCAGAAUACAGAAGUUUCUAUGUUUUCUCCUGUUGUGGGUGAAGAGUUUUGCUCCUCCUCAGUCACUGUUCUGACUGUGAGAAAGAAGGAUCUUGUUUUCAGUAGAGGGGGAUUCAUUGUGACCAACUCAUGCACUGGUCAGAUCGCUUUCAGGGUGGAUGGAAGGGAUCUCAGUUCAACAAACAAAUUGAUUCUCAUGGACCCUCUGGGAAAGCCUCUCUUAACAUUGCACCACAAGGCUUUUAGAAUUCUCCAUCGUUGGUAUGGAUUCCAUGGAGAGGCAUGCGAUGGCCAGAAGGCCAUUUUCAGGGUGAGAAAAUCAUCAAUGUUUAGUAAAAAUGAAGUUGCGGAGGCCCUUGUGGGCUCCACCAGAGGAAAGAAACACUCUGACUAUAAAGUUUUGGGGAAUUACAGUGAGCGACAUUGUAGCAUAUACAACGGCGUUGGUACUUUAGUUGCAGAGGUGAAGAGGAAAUUUGCAGCAUCAGAUGUAAUGUUGUCAAAAGAUGUUUUCAAUGUUGUAGUGAAAGCUGGCAUAGACCAGGCUUUUAUGAUGGCUUUGAUCGUCAUUCUCCAUCAGAUGAGUAGAGAACAUGACUCCAUCUGA